AUGAAUGGUACAUGCACUAUUUUCAUUUGCAACAGAAACCCUAAGUUGGAGUGGUACUGUUACUUGCUGAUUCUGGUUUGCCUUUUCAUGCUAUUGUCAGGAUUUCUAGGCAAUAUACUUGCACUACGGCAUUAUGUGUACUACAUGAAGACAUGGACUGCCUGUACCAUAUUUCUCUUUAACUUGGCACUGUGUGACUUUACUUGGACUCUCAUGGCACCUUUUUCAGUAUAUUACAGUUUCCAGAAGUUAGCUGUCUACUCCAGUCAAGCAUUUUAUUGGAUCAUAAGACUAUUUUUAAGUAUUAAUGUCUAUGGAAGUGUCUAUUUCCUGACACUCAUCAGUUUUGACAGGUAUGUAGGUGUUGUCCAUCCCAUCACUUUGUUAUGGUGGGACAAAAGAAAGGCUGUGUUUUGUACCAUCACAGUAUGGAUCUUCAUAGUGAUUGCAUUGAUGCCAGAGAUCUACUACAUAGUUGCAGCUAAAAGACACCAUGACACCACAGAUUCCCUGAAUGGCACUGAAGAACCUUUACAAUUUGCAGUGUCAUUGAUGCUCUCCAAGAUUGUACUGAGAUUCCUAAUUCCAGUCACAGUUCUCCUUACAUGCUAUGUGUUUACUCUCAAAGUGUUAUUACAACUCAGCAAAUGCCAGCAAAGAAGGAACAGACUUACUAGGCCUCUGUUACUGAUUUCAGCUACUAUAAUCAUAUUUGAUGUUUCUUUCAUACCUUAUCAUGUUGUGAUGAUGGUGAUACUAAUUUACAGAAUUACCUAUCAACCACCCUGUGGGAACAUAAGCACAGUAAGUGUCGUUUAUAAUGUCACACAGAUCAUCUGCAGCAUCAGCAGUUGCCUUGACCCAAUCAUUUUUACAGUAGCAAAUAAGACAUUCUAUCAAAGACUUCAAAGUAUAAAAUGUCAUCCCAAGGGACAGUGCUGCUGUUGUCUGACAGGAAAGGUAAGUGAUAUCACUCAGUCCCUAAGAACACUGACUUAA